AUGAAGCCAUUUUUCUCCGUCCUGCUAAUCACCACCGCUCUUUUCGCCGCCUCCCAUGCCGGCGACAUAGCCGUCUACUGGGGUCAAUCCGACGGCGAAGGAUCCCUCUCCGACGCCUGCUCCACCAAAAACUACGCCUUUGCCAUCAUCUCCUUCCUCUGCGUCUUCGGCAACGGCCAGACACCCGUCCUCAACCUCGCCGGCCACUGCGACCCCUCCUCCGGCGGCUGCACCGGCCUAUCCGACGACAUCCACUCCUCCCAAUCCAAGAAAGUCCUCCUCUCCAUUGGCGGCGGCGCUGGAUCCUACCUCCUCACCUCCCAACACGAUGCUCGCCAGGUGGCUGACUAUAUCUUCAACAACUACUUAGGCGGCCACUCCUCAUCCCGACCGCUCGGCAACGCGGUGCUCGACGGAGUGGACUUCGACAUUGAGGGAGGCAGCCCGGACCACUACGACGACCUCGCUAAAUACCUUUCCUCCUACACCAAACAGGGGAAGAAGGUGCACCUAACGGCGGCGCCGCAAUGCCCGUAUCCGGAUGCUUGGGUUGGCAAAGCGCUCGACACCGGUCUGUUCGACUACGUUUGGGUUCAGUUCUACAACAACCCCCCGUGUCAGUUUUCGGAAAAACGGCCGAGAAAUCUCGAGGAUGCUUGGAACCAAUGGACGAAGGGGAUUCAGGCGAAGCAGUUCUUUCUGGGCUUGCCGGCGGCGCCUGAUGCCGCUGGAAGCGGGUUCAUUCCGACUCAUGAGCUCACAUCUCAGGUGCUUCCGGUACUGAAGGGGUCCAGCAACUACGGCGGGGUGAUGCUGUGGUCAAGGUAUUAUGACAUUAAGACCGGCUACAGCCGCGCCAUUCGUUCCUCUGUAUGA